UUGGAAACCGUAUGCUAUCAGGAACUCUGUACUCAAGAUGGUACAGAAUUGGAUUAUCUAAAAGCGUUGUCAGCAAAGAUAGGCUAUUUGUGGGGGCCUCGAACUUGGACCCUUGUGCCCACUGUUCCUUUCAUGUGUCGGGAGCGCGCAUGUGAGUAGAACUGCGCGCCUCUCUUCUCACGGUCGACUGCAUCAGAAUUAUUUAUUACACGGUAGACCCUUGGUGAAGAUGGCGAUGUAUGCGGCUCUCCGGUGCGUUUCUUCAAACUUUUGCACUUCACUACCACUGUUAACCAGACCCUCUCAGAUUUCAUCGUGUCAAUAUUUCUUGAGGGCCAGCUUUCAUCGCACGCUGAGCACAACUUCAAGUCUCUCAUCAGCCCUCAAAUACACAGACAAGCAUGAGUGGGUUCGAGUGGAGGGGGGGAUCGGAACAGUCGGCAUCAGCAGCUAUGCUCAGGAGGCAUUAGGUGAUGUUGUUUAUUGUGGACUCCCAGAGGUUGGGCAAAAGCUUGAACAAAUGGAGGAGUUCGGGGCGCUGGAAAGUGUAAAGGCUGCUAGUGAGCUGUACUCUCCACUGACUGGGGAGGUGACUGAGAUCAACACGGAACUGGCACAAACCCCUGGUCUAGUGAAUUCAGCCUGCUUCGAGGGAGGCUGGUUGAUUAAGAUGACCAUUGACAAUCCUGGGGAAGUUGACGAUCUGAUGGAUGAGGAUGCAUAUGGCAAAUUUGUAAAGUCACUUGAUGCCUAAUACUGUGAAGAUGCUGCCUUUCUUACUUGACAUUAAUCAUGAUCAGAAAUUUGCAGAGGAUCUUAUUCUCAUGGGGAAAAUACUAAUGUUUUACUAUUUCCAUUUUAUUUAUUUAGGGGACCAAGCAGAAAAGCUGUUGGAACCUUAUUGUUUUUGUUCUGAUUUAUUCUUCCUAUUAUUUUUCUCCACUAUAAAACGCAAUGGGCAGAAAAUCUUGACCAUAGAUUUCAGAUUCACGCCUGCUAAAUUUUCCUGCCAUUUUGAAAAGUGAAAGUAAAACGAACUAUUCAGAGGCCAUUCAUGCGAUUGUCAGGAAAUUUGGAAAUCAUCUACAGACAAUGCUGACAAAAAGUUAUCAAAGGCAUUUUGAUCCAUACGCCUGUUUCAAAGUUCUGCGUCAAUCAAAUACUGUAUGGCCAAGGUCUUUUAUUGUAAUGGUUCAAACUUAAUGAAACUUCAUACACAUAAUCACUACAAUAUGCUUUGGAUACACGCUUGAUUUUGUGACAUUUCAUCCUUUAGGGGAUGGUACAACUGACGUAUAGCAAUAUCCUUAGAACCGGUCAAGCUAAAAAUCUGAACUUUGGUAUACUUAUACUUGAAAUUUUUUCACACCUUUUGAAGCUGUCAAAUCCUUCAACCUUUUGCCACCUGGGGUGCUUUGCAGAUGCUGCUUGGACCCGCUUGUGGCUAUAUUUUUUAUUGUGAUUGUUAUAAAAGUAAUCAAACAGUAGUUUCCCUCAAAUGUUAACCAAAAACUUACACAUAACACUGUAAAAUAAUGUUUCCAAAGGACUUCAGCCACAGUCCUUUCUCAUGAAAUAGUUAGAACCAGGUUCAUGCGGCUGAUCUUUGUAAGCAUGUUUUUCAUUGUAAACAAAGUGACACAAUAAAGCACAACUCUGUGUUCA